AAAUUGAAGACAUAUCUAAAACUGUAACUGAAGUGUUCUCAACUACUAUCAUAUCUAAUAUAAUUAUUUAGACACAUUCCUAUAAAGAACCAAGUCAAUUAAGUUUCGCAUCAGUUUGUAUAAAAGAGAUAUAUAAAAAUGGAAAAAACAAUGAUUCAUUAUGGAGUCGUGCUUAUUUUUAUCGCAGGAUGUUUUUGUCUACCGAGCAAGAGAAUGUUUCUUGAUGUAAACUGUGAUAAAGUAUUUGAUUGUGACUCUAAGAACAACGAGACGGACUCAGCUGAUAAACUUAUUUGUGCAACAGACGGACACACAUACGAUAGUAAAUGUCAUCUUGAUCAAGAAAACCAGCAUCGAUACUGUAUACUUGGUGACUUUAACCCAGUAGCAGUAGUUCAUAAAGGGAACUGUACAGAUCUAGAGGAAAGUGACAUGCUGUGGUAGAAUGAAACAAACUAACUUUUGAGCGUUGAACAAACUUGAAAAUAUAUUGAACAAAAAGAAUGUCUGAGUGAGCGUUAAAUUGUGAAAGAGGCUGAAAAUGACUGAAUUAAUCGACUAUGACAUUGAAAGAGACUUGUUUGUGUAAUGUACAUCGUGCACGACAAAAAUCAAAGACAAAUAAAAACCUGAUAUAUACAUUUAAAUCUUUUUAUGAUCUUUGGGUGGACAUUCAAAUUGCAAUUGAGUUCUGUGAUUUGAAUGAUUUAAAUGAUAACUAAAUAAAUUGUUUGAAAAAAUGAAUUAUGUAUAUUAAAUAAGAUCCAGUAAGUUUUAAGAUAAACAAAUAAGACAAAAUGUUAUUAAAAUUGUCUCUGCCAAAUUACUGAAACUAUGCUUAAUUAUGAUAAUUGUAAAUAUGAAGGUAUAAUAAAAUAAUACAAAAUGUA